CGCUUCACAGGCCAGCCGGAGAGGAGAGGAGAGGAGCAUAUCCGGUGCUCGUGGUGCUCGGUGCAUGUGGCCUUUCAGGACUCGCUCUUCACUGUCUCCGCUGGAUCGUGAUGAUUUGACCGUAAAAACUUUAUUACCAGCGCAGAGAGGAAGGCCGAGGGAUCGGACACCGGAGAGGCAGCGCGUUCAUGAUGAUUCGGGUUUGGGAGUAAAUCCAGGAAGGGUUUAUUUGUUGUGGCUGCGCCUUUGGGCACUGCGCAUGGUUUCAUCAACGGGACCUCCAAACGACGCCGAAAAAUCACAGAAGUGUCUUUCUAAGCUUUCACAAGGAAAACGUUCGUUUUAAACUAUAAUAUACAUUCAUGUUCAGCGUAAAGGAUGACGGCAGUGUUUUUAUGAGGUGUAUGCUGGUGGUGAACGUGUGGAGCAGCAGGCCAGCCCUGGCAGCAUGGUGAAGGCCCAGAAGUCACCUGGGAGGAAGACUUCUCAGUGUCUCCGCAGACAGACUGGUGGUCAGAGUGAGAUGGAGAAAUGCCAGCUCCCUUUGGACCCACAGUGCCCCCCACAGGGACAGCCCAGAGGAGAGCAGACCCAUCUCCAGACUCCUGCUGCCCCAGACAGCUGGGACCACCAAGAGGCACCAGUGGAAGUCCGUAGGAAGAGCGAUCCAGCCGUCCUAUCCCAAGCCAAGCCUCUGUGGAGACCCAUUCCCCCCCUGCUGCCUGAGCCCCAAAGAGAGGGGGGCCCCACCGCUGAGACCAUGGAGCAGAGCUGCCAGACUGAGGAGCUGAGCACCGCUCACAGUCAUGGUCACGACACAGGUUUGUGUGCUGAGCCUGGUGAUCCUCCUCUGCUCCAGCAGCCUCUACAGACCUCCAAGUCCGGGAUUCAGCAGAUAAUUGAAUGCUUCCGAUCAGGCACCAGCCAGCUGAGGCACAUGCUGCUGAGAGAAGUGGACACCAUCUUUGAGUGUAAAGUGUGUCGCAGCCUGUUCAGAGGCCUCCCCAACCUCAUCACUCACAAGGAGUACUACUGCUUAUCACGGCUGCCUGAUUCUGAUGGUCCUCCGGGGGAUGACCGACAGAGUGUCGCCAUGAAAGAUUUACUGGAGGCCAUUUAUCCCAGACCUGACUACGUGGUCCGACUAGAGCCUAUUCAGACCACCAACAAGGCGGUGUUCCAGUAUCUCACCACAGAAGAAGAGCUGGCCCAAUAUCCCUCACACACCACCAGUGCCAGGGAGAGUCCGGUAGCCUGGGAAGGAGAAGCUACGGAGAGUGUAGAAAACACUCAGGUCAACCAGCCGAGUGGUUCAGAGAGUCCAGGACACAACCAUGGCCAGAAGAGGUGGGAUGCCGAAGAGGAGGCUAAAGAGGAGCAGCCGCAGCCUGAAGACGAGGAGUCUAACAGCGGGGUGGAGGAUGUGACCAUCUCCUGUUGUCUUUGCGGUCAAGACUUUAACUCUCGCCGCAGCAUCCGGCGCCACUGCCGCAAAAUGCAUCAGACGAAGCUGGAGGAGCUCAGAAAGUUCACAGAGACACGCACCGUUCCCACAAGCCUGCUCUCCAUGGUCAAAGGUCGGCCGCGGACUCUCAGCACACCGACUGGGAAAUCCUGCCCCGUGUGCCUCAAAACCUUCGCCACCAAAGCCAACGUACGCCGCCAUUUUGAUGAGGUGCACCGCGGCCUGCGGAGGGACACCAUCACUCCCAGCAUUGCCUCGCGGCCCGGCCAGCCUUUCUCGCUGGAAGCCACGCCCCCCAGGAAGAGCAACAACUCCUCUCCAACACGUAGCCAGAGCACGAAGUCUGCGCCCGUGACCCCGAAGGCGAACACGCCCACCCAAAGCCAAGGAAAAGCCCCGAGUCAGCCUCCAGCCUCUCCACAGACCAACUCGACCUCGUGUCGCUGCACGCUCUGCAAGAGGAACUACAGCUCCCAGCUCAUGCUGAAGAGACACAUGCGUAUAGUUCACAAGAUUUACAGCAUCAAAGGGAACAAGUCUGCUGCCACGCCCCCCCCUGCUACCAUGGUAACCACCACCACCACCAGCAGCAGUACCAGCACCACUGCACCAGCCCUUAGCAACAACAUCAAAGUGAAGGAGGAAGCAGUGGAGCCCUCAGAUGAAGAGGACAAUGAGGACGUUGACAGCAGCCCUGCGCCGUCUCCCGCCGACAGCAGCGAGACCACCAAAGGAGUUUCUAACAAUCCCACCAAGGUGAAGGAGGAGGAAGCUCCAUCCAGCCCAAAGGUAGCACCACCCUUGUCUUCAUCCUCCUCCCGUGGUGGCAGCGUGUGCAGUGGCAACAUGGCCGCCAAAAUGACCAAACUGUCAGUGGGCUUCGACUUCAAGCAGCUGUUCUGUAAGCUCUGCAAACGCCAGUUCAGCUCCCGUCAGAACUUAACCAAACACAUCGAGCUGCACACAGACGGCAACGACAUCUUCAUCAAGUUCUACCGCUGUCCCCUCUGUCGCUACGAGUCCCGCCGCAAACGGGACGUGCUGCGUCACGUGACCGUGGUCCACAAGAAGUCUUCUGCAUACCUGGCAAAGAUCAUGCCCAAACUGGAGAGCAGGGCGGUGAAGAGGCUGGCCGAGGUGGUCCUCAACAGCACCAACAAGAGGACGAGCAGCAGCGUCAAGGAGGUGACGAACGGACGUCACUCCUCCUCCUCCUCGUCCCCCCCUCCAUCUCCUCCUGUCACCCGCAAACAGGAGUGCUCCAUAUCUGCCCCAACCUCCUCCUCAGCCUCUUCCUCGUCCUCGUCCUCAUCCUCCUCCUCCUCGUCUGCUCCUCCUCCUGCCCCCGUCACUCGGAAACAGCAGGAGCUCUCGUCUCCAGGCUUCGCCCCGUCUCCCCCCAUCACUCGCAAGCAGGAGAGACAACAUACGACGGCUCACCAGCCCCGCCCUGUCAGCCCCCCGCUGACCCGCCGCAGUGAGAAGCACUCACACACCCGCAACUCCUCCUCCUCCACCACCCCGUCCAGCAUCCUGACCCCACACACCCGCAGGCACGACGUCCAAUCAGACAACAGUACCGGCACGUCGUCAACCGAAGUCCGUGUGACGAAGAACUUCUCCCUCCACGCGUGUGACCAGUGUGGGCGGGCCUUCGCCAAGAAGCUGUAUCUGGAGUCUCACAAGCGGAGCCAUCGGAAUGCAGCCACAGCAGCAGCCAGCAGGAGGAAAGGAGUCAGCACCCGCUCCAAGUCCCUGAUCUGGUGAAUCCCAGAUUCACAAACUGCCACAAAUGAAGGAAAACGAGCGACAAACAAAUCAAAACUGGAGAACUCUUACACACACGCACGCACGCACACACACACACACACACACACACACGGAAACAUGAAGGAAAACAAAAGGAGCGUUAUGGAAGGCUGGAAUUCUUCCCCUCUUGCUUAGGAACCAAAAGCGUUGUUGCGUUGCUUCAUCAGGAAACCAGCCAGGCUGCAGCAGCUGGUUUUACUGCUUUGCUUCUGGCACCCUGGUUUCAUUAGCAGCUCCACGCAAAACAUAUAAAUUAGAAAAUAAAGAAUAAUGCUUGUUUCUGUCCUCCUUUAGCAGCAUCAGCUCAUUAGGAUUUCUACCGUCACACAUUUAAAUCAGAGGUUUUAUUUUUAAUACGACCAGUUCCCUGAAAUGUGUCAUCACCUUUUCCCUCCUUCCACAUUCCUUUCUCAAAUUAUUUCACCAGAUUAUUUUUGAUUGUAUUUCAAUUCAGAAGACUUCACCUCAGAAAUGAAAAUACCUUAUUUUCUAAAUGAAAUGUUCCCCGGUCGGGCUAAACCAACUCUGUGAUGCCUGCUGUAGGUCUGGAGGUCCAGGGCAAAAGCCAAAGUUUCUUUUUGUAAACCCAGCAUGCUGUCCUCUCACACUUAACGAUACCCUCCAUCUUUUCUCCUGGAACUGUUUUACAUGUUAUUGAUGUUUUGUGUGUCCUGCUCCACCUCUAUUUAUAAAAAAUGAAUCUGUGAUGCUGUACGAAAACCAUUCAGAGGAGUUUCCUUCCAAACAAAACAGAUUCUAUUAUUAAAUGAUAGUAAACAGGUUUUAGUGAAUGGAGAUGAUUAGGAGGAGUUAACAGCUCACAGCCAUGCUGCCUUAGCUUUUAGAAACCAACCACCUUCAUCUUUCACCUCCUAGCAUCACAGCAACACAUCCUUGGUGCCUGAGCAGCCGGUGUGAAGGGUUGGAAAUAAAACACAUCCACUGUUGAGGUGAAAACAAAACGUUUACACUCAACGCUUUACUUCAAUAAAUUAUAUAUAUAUAUAGAUGAAAUAAACACUGGAACAUAUUUAAACAAACUUUGUAAACUUUUCUCUACUGAUAAGAAUUUUGAUGGAAUUCUGCGUCAUUUCCUUAUAAGAUAUGCUUUCAUGUAGUCCAGCCAGGGGGUGUUUGGCCCCUAAAUGUAGUCUUAGAAACACUGAGUUGGGAGAGGAGGAGCGACCAAAUGUAGGUAUGUCUUAAUUUUCAAACAGAAAGCCAUGAAAUGGAACAAAAUCAGAGAAAAAGGCAGACCAAACUAUUUUUGUAGCAGAAACUGCUUGUGCAACAAAGUUGGAUGUGUAUAUAUGGAUUCAUCCUGCGUGGGAUGGUAUAAAUACUAGUUAUAAAAGUUAUUUACUUGUAUUGGUUGACCAUACGCUUCAAACAUGCCCACCUAGUUCUGACCCGUCACUGUUGAACCCUGAAGCAAGCUUGUGUUUCGUUAUGAGUUGUUUUGUUUUCUCUCUCUGAAUCUUAUUCCAUUUGAAGGAGAAAGUGUUUUUGUUCAAAUGUGUCUAAACUUAUUUUAGAUUUUUUUUUAAUCUUGACAUUUGUUUCAUCAGAAGUUGUGAUAUGUUAUUAAUCUUGUUCUCUAGAGAACGUCUGAAGUAGAAAAACCUUUCAGAUGUGACCAGAAUGUUCAAACUCAACCACUUCAUAAAUAAACAUGUACUAAUUAAUCUA